AUUAAAAGUGAGCUUCUGCUGAACAUAAUGGGCCUUUCCGGAACUGCUUGCUACUCCGCCCCAUUGAGUGCCAUCCCAAACCAAUGAGGGCAGACAGGUAGUGGGUUGUUAAACCCUCUGAUGCGGAGUCAGCACCGAUUCUAGCUUGUUGAAGGUGUGUAACACCCUUUGCUGCAAGAUGGGGGACCUUUCUUUCAAUUUGCGUUCCCGUGUGACUUUGCCGGUUAACAUGUAGGAUUUUUAACUUCCUAAACUACACUAACAUUUCAUAUCACCAUUCACAGGUCAGUAAUGUAGCCCAAAGGUUAAAUUGUGUUUAAUAAAAACAAAUGAUCUCGACUGAUAGACAAUACAAAGGUUGUUUUAUUGAACCGUAUUCAUACACAGGGAGAUUAGGCUACAUAACAAGCAACAAAGGCAUUAAAGAAAAAUAGUUGGCCUAAGUCUUUAUAUAUUUGUAACCGAGCGGUUAUAAGUUCGCCUACACGUUUGAUGUGACUACCAAAAUAACAACACGGAGGUUCCGUUGUCUGAACCAAGACGGGACAUCUUUAUUAUUCUUUUUUUUUCGUCUCUUGCACAUUGUUGAACCGGAACAGCAUCACAACUUCCGUUUCUCCCCCACUUCAAAAUAAAAGCCUCUACUCCACAAAGUAGCUUACAUACCUCCCCCCUUACAAAAAGAAACGUCCUCGUUUCAGCAACACCACUAACAACAACAAACAUGAUAACAGCAGCAGUCACUUGGUUGCCCAAAACACACCCCAACAGAAAAUUUGACAUGGCACAGGAAACAAUAUAAUGCAUGGCACGCACACAAAAAAAACACAGUCCCAAAGUAUGCCCCACUAAUCUCUACCGUAUACCAGAGGUGGCUGAUACACACUAGCGGAUCGACACACCCAAGCGAAAUGAACCACACCAGCGAGGGAAUGCAUUAACCCACAUAACCUCAGUACAUUUUGGCACUGCAACAUGGAACCCCACUAACAGGUGAAAACCAUUACUUAUAAGUGACAAAGUCCUGGAAACGAACCGGCCGGUUCACCACUCUGCCGGCACGGGAAACAAUUCGCUGUGGUUUACCAGGGUCUCUAACACAAACAGUCCCAGAACCACCAGGGGCCAGAAGCUCCUCCGCCCCACUCCCCACAUCCAGCAGCCCCUCAUCCGACAGUGAGGGAACGUGAAGAGGAGCCGGGGGGCUACACGAAGAACUCGGUGGCCUCAGUAGAGUGUAGGGUUUCAGUCUAUCAUAAUGGACCACCUGCUCCUGUCCAGCAGCGGUCAGAUGAUCUCCAAUACGAUAGGUGAGUCCCGGCUCGCCCUGAGAGUCCAACACAGCCAGCACCCUGUAGGGGCCCUUCCAGUGGGGAGCAAGUUUCAUGCGGUCCUCAGUAGGAUUGUGCAGCCACACCAGGUCCCCCACUGAGUAUGGUCGGUGGCGGGCAGCCGCAUCAUGGUACAGUUUUUGUCUCUCAUAGGCGCUGGCACCCCACUGCCGUGCACCACCGAAAGCAGUCUCCAGCCUCCCCGUCAGAGAGGUCACAAAGUCAGCAUAAGAAAAAGGUGAUGUCCCGGUCCCCUGAUUUUACUCUCACUUCAUCCCAAAUCUCAGUGAGAGGACGUCUUCAGCCCAUGAAAGCGGUGAUUCUGCUGUACAAAAUGAUGUUUAGAAGAAAACCUCUGGCACCUGCAGCAUUGAUGAUACUUGUGAUGAAUGUCUUGAGAGGACACAGCCUCCCAUGUCAUCGAGGAGAGUAUGAGAUAGGGGAGGAAUGCUGCCCUGUUUGUCCUGCUGGAAGUCGAGUUAAAACAGAUUGUACAGAGUUCACAAGUACUUCCUGUCUGCCCUGCACUGAGGGAACCUUCAUGAAUCAGCCGACUGGACGUAAACAAUGUUUCCCCUGUUCCACCUGUGUUGCAGGUUCUGGUUUGAAGAUAAAGACGUCAUGUACAACAACAUCAGAUGCAGUUUGUGAACCACUGGAGGGAUUCUAUUGUCUGGACUCUACAGAGGACAGCUGUAUGACAGCACAGAGACACACAAGCUGUCAACCAGGACAAUACAUCAGCCAGAAAGGAACAGCAUUCACAGACACAGAGUGCUCUGACUGCAGCAGUGGAACAUUUUCAGAUGGGACAUUUACGUCCUGUCUGCCGCACACACAAUGUGAAUCAAUAAAUCUGCAGCUGCUGAAAGCAGGAACUGCUUCAACUGAUGCUGAAUGUGGAGAACAAAGUUCAGACAUGACAGGAGUUGUGAUCGCUGCUGCUGUUGGGGGGAUUCUUUGUUUAUUAAUAUCUGGAUCUGUAGCUAUAUGGUACCUUUCCAGAAAAAAAUGGCGUUUUAGAAAUGAAUCCACUUUACUGGAACAAUAGUUAACCUAAAGUCAACAACCAGCCGAACUGAAAACACUGCAGCCUCUCAGACCAGAGGAUGCUCUAUCAUAUAAGCUAUGGAUAUAGGCUAUUUAAAAAUAAUUUAAAAAAACAAAGCAGGUCCCUGCAGAUUUUAACUAAUCGCGUGUUCAUAACAGCAGCCAUGAGUAUGAUUUUUUUUUUUUAAUGCCACUGUCAGAGAUCAGAAAAAUCAAGCAAGUGUCUCAAAUUUUGAACUAACAUUUUGCAAAUGCAUUUAUAAGAGAAGCAUUCAGUGCUUUUACAAAACACAAAACGUUGAUUAACGCCACUCUCUCCUGCUGAGUGGAUGCUUCACUGGCAGAAACGUUAGCUGCCGGAGUUUAUUUCCACAGGCUCAAGUUUCACGUUGCUGUGCUGCUUUAGCAGAUGCUUCAAUACAAAAUUGUUCACAGUUGAAAGCGUUUUGCUGGUCGCACAGAGUUUACAACAGAAGACCAUGUUCUUUGCAUCUCUGAGUGUGACACAGCUCGGCCUAAUGGCAGAACGUUACUUACAGCUGUGGAAAGAACGCCUCUCUCCUUCUUUCUCCAUUCUUCCUUUAGUUUAUUGGCUAGCAGCUGACUUGAACAACACAAGUUCUGGUUCCGCUGACCUGCAGUGCGGUUGCACAUGAUAUAUUAACAUGCAAAAUUAAGUUUAUUACUGAGUCAACAAGAAUUUACAAACAAUGCCUAAUCUACCUUGAUUACAGUUGUUUACUACAGUCUUCUGACCGGCUACCAAAGCGCUUUGACCCCCUGGCUGCAUGCGCAUCCAGCAGUGUUUGUAUAAAAGAAACCAGUCUGAGUCCAUUUUACUGUUAUGUACAGUAGGAAGUAGGAAUGAUUUUUCUUCUAAGUAAUUAAAUAACAUCACUCAUUUAUCAAAAUUUCACAAAACAGAAACAUCUGAAUGGAGGUGAAUAUCCUGCACACGGCGCUACAAGCUGAACAUGUCUUCUAUGGAAGUGCUGGUCUACAGUCUGGAUCAUUAUCUCACACAGAUGGUAGUGUACAGAGACUGAAGUCAGCCUGGAAUAACAACUUGGAUCAAUCUUGAAUUGUAUUCAACUCUCUGUAUCUCCCACAAUUUUCACUCUACAUAUGUAUUUUUUUCACAAGUUGUAGGAAAACCUGUUCUGUCGCUCAUGUCCAACUUUGAAAGAAAAUAGACUUUCACAGCUGGUACAGUUGGCUUGAGAGGGAGAGGAGUCCCACUCAACUGCUGCAUAGACUCCCAUACUAAAAAAGUGCUGCAGUUUCAGGAAGGAGUCAGAAAGGUGGACAUUUCUAUACUGCGGCUGUGAAGCAUUUUGACAGUAGACACACAAAUCUUGGACAUCAUCUUCAUGAGGAUCUUAUCUCUCUAACAAUAUGUUUACUUUGGCACUGAGAGUUACGGUCUGUUCAGUAGGACCAGGAGAAGCUGAGCUGUGCUCCAGGUUAAAACUCAAUGAGAUCAGCUGUAUAAGCCUGUCUAAUACCGAUAGCUUUUAGCAUCACAGGUGAAACCUUAGAUUGCAGGCUCAGCACAUAGCUGAUUGAGAUGAUGUAAUGCUGACAACUCAGUAAACAUGGCCCUUCACUACAUCCUCCAGCACCUGGACUCUCCAGGAAACAACAUCAGGAUCCUGUUUGUGGACUCUGCCUUCAACAACAUUAUUCCAGCUCUGCUGCAGGACAAGAGGAAAAGUCUUUAUUACAAUAACGAAACUAAAAGCAUUUGUCACUUAUUUUGUUUGUUAAUGAACCAAAUUAAUUUGGUUAAAUUUCAAAUAUUAUACUAUGACUUUAGAUAUUUAUGAAAAAGAAAUAUAUUCUUUUAUGAAAAGAUUGAUAUUCAUUGUAAAAGAAAAGCCUAUUUGAACCUCUUUAUCUUUUUUAAAAACAUUGGGCCGACAUUCACAAAUACAACAUUUCCAAAGAAAUCUAAUAUUAUAUUGAAGAAUUAAAAAACUAUUUUUAUUGAAUGUCUUUGUUGCUUGUUAGGUAAUCCCCUAUGUAUCUAGUUGUGCCAUGUUCUAUCAUUCUGUCAUUUAAUGUAGGCUAUUUUGUUUCGGAUGAAGAUUUUCGUAUUAAUAUGAUUCAAUAAAAACAACAGCUGUAUUGUCUAUCAGA